CUUACACUAUAUGUGCGGUCUUCCAUCUCACUUUCAGUGCCGAACAAAUUCCUCCUCCAUCUUCUCUCCCUCAUGCUUUCCAUUGUCGAAUUCUCAAAGCCAUAGAGACCGGUAGAGAAAAUAGUGCAUGAAAAGCUCCUCUAUAAGUGCACCACUUCUCCUCCUGUAACCCAACACCGGAGCAAGAAGACCAUGAGCCUCCACAAGUCCCACUCCCUGGUGAACAUCCCCUUCUCGUGGGAGAACCAGCCGGGGAUCUCCAAGAUCACUCCACAUGCAGAGGAGAGCUCUGCACAAGAACAUGUCAGGCUGCCGCCGCCGCCGUGCCAAUCCGAUAGCCCGAAGCUGUCGGUGCACGGCAUAUACGUGCCUCUUCCGCCCUGCGCUUUCCAGCCGCCUCCGCGACAGGUUCUGACGAAGAAGGAGGAGGGGGAAGACCCCUUCCUUGCAGCCUACAGGGAGUGCACCAGGAGCAGGAAACAGGGGACGGCAGCCACGGAGAGGAAGAGAGAUGUUUGGGCUGUGCUCGAGAGGUUUGGGCUUGGGUUGUCUUGCAGGAGCAGCUCUGGGGUCAGGGAGGGUGCCAUACUGAGGUUGAAGGAGCAAAAAAGGGUUCUUGCCACCUCCAAGGGGAAGAAUUACAUCUUUUGAUCCCUUGCAACACUAGUCUUUUUCUUGAUACAAAAUACAGGCAACAAUUACAUCUUCAAGGAGUUGUGAUCAUGUGAGAUUACAAUGAUAUUUUUACAAAUGGAUAUUUGAUGAAGAACUAACUGUAUGAGUAAAUAUUUGAUGAAGUGCAAUCCAAAGAACAAAAAGGAAGAAAUGUGGUUUUCUUUCUUUGUUGGCUACAAAUGAAUGCCUUGAAUAGUUUUUUUCUGGUCCAAGUCAAAUCUUCACUUGUUUUAGUUUCUAAA